AUGUCUCAUAAAAGCCCUCCUAUACAAGUGUAUCUUCCCUCAACCCCAGUCUCGCGUUUGGUCUGUUCGAAUUGCGGCACAGAGUCGACUCCCUUGUGGAGACGGAAUGGUGAUGGUAACGUUAUUUGCAACGCUUGCGGACUGUACGAGAAAACCAGAGGCACCUCAAGACCCGUUCCAGACACGAUGAGCAAAGGAGUCGAAACCGUGCAGGAGAAGCAGGCGACCACUGCCCGACCCAAAUCGCCUGCAGCAUCGUCCCCAGACAUGCAUCACAACAAGGGAACCUGUCCUGGAGAUGGUAGGUGUGAUGGCACGGGCGGAUCUUCCGCCUGCGCGGGCUGCCCUACCUUUAACAAUGUACACGCCGUAUCAAGUCGAAAUGGCCAAUCGAGGCCACAACAAAAGCAAGAGUCGACCGCUCCCUCAUCACCCCAGAUGGUCCCCUCACCCGAGCCAGAAGACUCGUCGCCUGGACCCAACGCGAAUCCAUCGGCAGCAGCCGCUGAUUAUGGCAAUAAUCAGUUAUCAGCUGAUGACGAAAACUCAACAUCGAAUCCCAGAUUCAGGGCUCGAUUCGCUCCUGUAGGAGCCAUGAGCUGUGCGAAUUGUGGAACGAGUGCUACCCCAUUAUGGAGAAGAGAUGACGCGGGUAGUACGAUAUGCAACGCCUGCG